AUGGAGACCCACAAUACUAAGAUCCGCAACGCCACCUCGCUGCUCCUGCUCUUCUUGCUGUGCUCCUUCACGGUAGCCAAACACGCCGUGCCAAACUGUUGCCGUCAGAAGAGCUGCUCCUGCCGUAUUCUCGAGCUGCUCCACGGCAUGGGCAACCAUGCGGCCGGCAUCCUGACCCUUGGCAAGCGGAGCGACGCGGUGGCCGCCAAGGCUUUCCAGAACCGGCUCUAUCGCCUCCUGCACGGCUCCAGCAGCCAGGCCGCCGGGAUCCUCACCAUGGGCAAGAGGGCAGCUGAGCUGGCGACGGAGCACCGGGAAGGUACACCCAGAAACUGGCUGGCACCAGCUUCCUAUGCUGCAGGGUCAGAUUUAGCCAAGGGUUGCCUGGUACCACCGGACGAGGACUUAGCAUCCUGCCAGAAACUGAGCAGUGCAGAGACGGUAUACUAA